GCAGCAAAGGCGGCCCAUCUUGCUGGCCUCGACUUGUUGGUGAGCAGGCGCGGAACGGAAGCAGUGCUGUGUGGAUGGGGACGGAGAAGCGGCGGUGAAAGUCCGGUGUGGGGAGAAACAGAGUGAAUGAAAACUGAAGAAGAGGGGACAGCGAUCAGUGGAGCAAUGGAUUCGGCUAUUGCUGUCUUUGAAGACUCGGAGAAAUUGAAUUCUACUGGAGAUGCGAACGACUCCAACAAUGAGGUCUACACUCGCUUUAUGAAGUCGCACAGAUGCUAUGAUCUUGUUCCCACCAGUUCCAAACUUGUGGUAUUUGAUACUUCCCUGCAGGUGAAGAAGGCUUUCUUUGCUCUGGUUUCAAAUGGUGUCCGUGCUGCCCCACUCUGGGAUAGCAAAACACAAAGCUUUGUGGGCAUGCUCACAAUCACAGAUUUCAUUAACAUUUUACAUCGAUACUACAAGUCGCCGCUGGUUCAGAUUUAUGAACUGGAGGAACACAAAAUAGAAACGUGGCGAGAGGUUUACUUGCAGGAUUCAUUUAAACCCUUGGUGAGCAUCUCCCCAAAUGCCAGCUUGUACGAUGCCGUUUCAUCGCUAAUCAAGAACAAAAUCCACCGUCUUCCAGUCGUCGAUCCGUUGACAGGGAACACACUCUACAUUCUCACACACAAGCGCAUCCUAAAGUUUCUCAAACUCUUUAUCUCAGAGAUGCCCAAACCAGAUUUUAUGUCUGAAACGCUGGAAGAGUUGAACAUUGGAACAUACAAGAACAUUGCAGUGGUGAACAAAAAUACUCCCAUUUAUGUGGCUUUGGGAAUCUUUGUGGAAAAAAGAGUAUCUGCGUUGCCUGUUGUGGAUGAAUCUGGGCAAGUCGGAGAUAUCUACUCUAAGUUUGAUGUCAUUAAUCUUGCUGCAGAGAAGACCUACAACAACCUGGAUAUUACUGUAACAAAAGCACUACUGCACCGCUCUCAGUACUUUGAAGGGGUACUGAAGUGUUACAAGCAUGAAACCCUUGAAACGAUUAUCAAUCGGCUGGUGGAGGCAGAGGUUCAUCGGUUAGUGGUAGUUGAUGAUCAUGAUGUGGUAAAGGGGAUUGUCUCACUCUCUGAUAUUCUACAGGCACUGGUGCUGACUGGAGGAGGUAAUUCUUCCAAGCUUGGACAGUGAAAGAUGUGCAUAAAAUCUACCUGUAAGAUCGACCCCACAUUGAGACCUCACCGGCCUGGAAAUCUUUUGUCCAAGGAUAUAUGCACCCAUGGUGGCACAAUGGUUUUUCACCAGCACAGUGCUGUUUCAUAAAACAGAGAAGGACCCUGGCUACUGCUCAGUAUUGCCAUUUUAAUUGAAAUUUGAAAUGUUUCUGCACUUUUCUGUAUAAAGCCAUUGACUUCUGUGCCCACUGAAAUGAUACUGCAGGUCAGGUCAAAGGAACUGAAUCUUUCAUUCUUAUUAUCCCAUCCUACCUCAGGUGGAUAGCUAUGAGAAGUCUAUUAAUAGGACUGAUUAUUUCAUUUUCUGAGCAUGACUUUUUUUUUGUACUUUGAUUUAAGUUUGAUUAUCUGUUCUAUGCUCGAUAUUAUCCAAUUUAUGUAACCAGAACAGCUUGAUACAGUGACACUACUCCUGUUAUUCACUGCUUUUACUCAAAUGUGUUUAAAAUUCUGAGCAAUACAGACAUAAUUACCGAAAAACAGGUUACAGAAAUACUGUGUAAUUGUCUUUUUGACUGAGGUGUUGGACAAGUUCAGGACCUAAUUUAUCAGACACCCACUUCCAAAAAAAAACCUGUUUUUGAUGUAUUCUUUUAUCCUUUGCAAUGUGAUGUCAUUCACACCAAAAGAUUGCAAGUGGUUAUCUUAACGGUUUGAUUUGCACAGUUAGAUUAUUUUUGCACUUCUGGCUAAAACAAUUUUAAGGAUCUGUGCCUCUCCUUCCUGGAGCCUCUCCCUUCAAAUCCAUUUGAGAGACUGCAUUUCAAUUUCAAGAAUUCCUUCCAACAGUGGAAUUCCAUUGAAAGUUUCUGCAGUGAUAUCAUGUCUUAAAAUCACUUGCUAUUUAAGGCAGUUUUUAAUUUCAGAUGGUCCUGUUCUGAAGUGGACCUAAUAGACCAAAUGGAGUUUGGCUUUUCAAAGCUACAACCACUGGGAAGAAUGUCCAGCCUAACACCUCAAAAGUCUGAAGACAAAAGCAAAUAUCAAAUUGGUUGUCAUGAUACUUAAACAAAUAAAUUGUAUUUCUUCAUUCCUUGGAAAA